UUUUUCUUACGUUAAGUGCUUCAACAUUGAAGAAAAGACAGAGGGGAAUAUAUUAAGAUUUGAGAGAUGGAUGUGGCACCACCUAAGAUCCCAGUUAUCCAAUUCUCAGGGGAAGACGUCGAAAAUGGCCUAUCACCAUCAUCGGGGCAAGGGAGAGAGAGGUGGAAAGUUUUGUGCAGGCAAGUGAGGGAAGCAUGCGAGAGCCACGGUUGUUUUCUGCUAACCUACGAUAAGAUCCCAACAAGUCUACGUGAAGACAUGCUGGUGGGGAUCAAGGCAUUGUUCGAUCUACCCGAUGAGACCAAGAGCAAGUACCAGCACCCUAAGCCUUACCGGAGUUACCAGGGCAAGUGCCCCGUGGUUCCUUUGCAUGAGAGCUUCGGCAUCGACGACGCCACCAGCUUCGAAGCUGCUCAAGACUUCAUUCACCUCAUGUGGCCUCAAGGAAACUCAGCUUUCUGUGAGAUACUCAAUACGAUGAGUUCAAAGAUGCUAGAGCUAAGCUUUACGAUCCUGGGGAUGAUAUUCAAGAGUUUCGGCAUCGAAGAAAAGCAGUACGAGGCGUUGGUGAGGGACAUCAGCAGCAUAUUGAGGGUGAUGAAGUACCGGGUACCGGCAACGGAGGACCAAAAUCUGGGGCUGGUGGCUCACACAGACAAGAACGCCCUUACUGUUCUUUGCCAAAAUGAAGUGCAAGGUCUUGAGAUUGUAACUAAAGAAGGCCACUGGGAAGAAGUGGUGGUUCCCAAAGAUGCUUUAGUUGUCAUUGUUGGUGAUGCACUAAAGGCAUGGAGCAAUGGAAGACUUGUUGCAGUUAAACAUAGGGUGGUGAUGAAGGGGGACAAAGAGAGGUACUCAUUUGGGCUGUUUACAUUGCCAAAGGAAGGAGCAAUGAUUGAGGCGGCGCGUGAACUUGUCGACGGCGAACAUCCGCUCCUUUACCGCCCUUUCAAAUUCGCGGACUACUUCUCCUACUUCGUGUCCAAUUUAAGUGACGAUGCACUUGAUAUUUAUGCCGGCGUUUGACUCUUUUCUCUCGUUUCUCCCUUUUUAAUUAAUUAUUUGUAAAUUAAAUUUUAUGUGCUGUUUUUGUUUAAAUAU